AGCCAAUCAAUGUUCCGUCGUUGGCUACGCAUGAUUCACACACACCUUUUUUUCUGAGUCUAGGUCUAGUGGAAUGAAAGACGAGUGCUAGGGACUAGGGCGAGGCUAACUAAAAAUCAUUCGUAUGGAACUUAUUUGAUGGAUUUACAUUUCGACAAAAAGACGGUAACAUUUCUUAACAUCUUAUCAAGAACACAGCUAGCUGUUUAAGAUUUGUGCUGCAUUGAAUUGAAUCUUCAGAAAACAGAAUAUAGAAUCAUAAUUUUUUAACAUCUGUGGGAUCAGUUGGAUAUUUUCAAAAUUUAGCUUGACUAUACCUGUCACCAGUUACUUCGCUAUACCCACCGUCCAGUUCAAGCAACAAUCAUGGCAGAAGACAUUUCUCAGCAAAGACCAAGUAUCCCAUCGUUUUACAGAAAUAAAUGCAUCUUUGUCACAGGAUUUACAGGGUUUAUGGGCAAAGUUCUCUUAGAGAAGCUUUUGAGAUCCUGCCCAGGCAUAAAGAGAUGUUACCUUCUAGUUCGACCUAAGAAAGGACAGACACCACAGGAAAGAAUUGAUAGCAUAAUAAAUUCUAAGUUGUAUGACAAAUUGAGAGCCAGUAUGCCAGAUUUAAAAGAACGUGUGGUAGCUGUCUGCGGGGACAUUGUUGAGCCUAGACUAGGCUUGAGUAUUGAAGAUGAACAGAGCAUCACAGCAGAGACCAACAUAGUUUUCCAUUCAGCCGCAACUGUUAAAUUUGAUGAAGAGUUAAAGUUGUCUGUUCAAAUGAAUGUGCUUGGUGUUAGGAGAAUAGUUGAGUUGGCUCGCAAGAUGAAGAAUUUAGAGGCUCUCAUCCAUGUAUCUACGGCCUAUGCUAACUGUGACAAGGAAUCUGUGAAAGAAAUUGUGUAUGACCCACCACUUCACCCAAAUAAAAUUAUUGAUGCCAUGGAAUGGAUGGACAAAGAUGCCAUUCAAGCCUUGACAAGCAAGCUGAUUGGCUCCAGACCAAACACCUACACAUACACCAAAGCUAUGGCAGAGUUCCUGCUGGUUGAAGAGGGAGCUGGUCUCCCUGUUGCUAUUGUUCGACCGUCUAUAGUGGGGGCCUCUUGGGAGGAGCCAAUGCCUGGUUGGGUGGACAAUUUGAAUGGACCAACUGGAUUGCUAGCAGCAGUUGGUAAAGGAUUGCUCUUCGUAAUGCAUGGCGAUGUGUACUGCACUGCAGACAUGAUACCUGUGGACACAGCAACCAAUGCUAUGAUUGCAGCUGCAUGGUAUACAGCUGUUGAAAGGCCUAAAGAUGUUCUUGUCUAUAACUGUACAAGUGGUCAGAUCAACAGGUUAACAUGGGGUGCCAUGGCAUGUUGUAUAAGAGAAAAUUUCAUCAUCAAUCCCUGCCACAAUAUUGCUAGAGUGCCGAAGCCAAGAUUCACCCCUAGCAUGUUUUGGCGUGAUACAAUGUGGUUCUUUGACCAGCUAAUUCCAGCCUACAUCAUGGACUUUUAUCUCAGGAUCACCGGCAAAAGACCAAUGUUUGUUAAAAUUCAAGACAGGUUGUCCAAAGCAGUGACAACGCUAGAGUUUUUCACAUCAAAUGAAUGGCACUUUCACAAUGAUAAUAUUUUUAUGUUGCUUGGGAAGAUGACAGAAGAAGACAAGCGGACAUUUUGUUUUGAUCCUCGAAGUAUUGACUGGAAAAAGUACAUGCUCAACUACUGCCUAGGCGUCAAACAGUUUGUUUUGAAAGAAGAUAUAUCAGAGUUACCCAGAGCUAGAAUAGCUCUUCAGAGGUUACAGCGCAUACAGAGCUUGUUGAAAGUUGUAGCCUGUGUGUUGGUCUGGAGGCUGCUGGUGAAGAGAGUACCAGUUUUUCAUUCACUUUGGAAUCUUUUGUUAGGCUGGGUCCAGGUUUUGUUCAUGAAGGUUCCACGUUUAGCCCGAUCAUCUUAGCGUACUUGAAUGGUCCAGUCUGCUUGUGAAUGUCGCAAACUAUAUAACAAAAAAAAUAAUAAAACCACCCCUUUUACACGUUUUGGGUAAAUAGCAUUCAUGUUCUUUUGAACAACUUAUACUUUGAUCAAUAUUUAAACAAUACAAGCCAACCAACCUAAGGUAUGUAAGUCACUUUAUUUAUCUCCCAACUAAGUUCUGUAUAAGUCAAUUAAUUUUGUAACCCUAGCAGGCAAACAGUGGUCUCAAACAGCUAAUUACCUUUUGUAAUGUUUGCUGGAUUAUUAAACAUCAAUCGUCUUCACCUGCUCUUUGUAUAUGAUUUAUGUUGACACUUUUCUGGUGCUUUCAAUUCUUUUUAUAAUUAUAAUUUAAAAACAUUCUGCUUUUAUAAGUAACUUCUGCAUAAAAUUUCUUAUAAAAUUCAAAAAGUCAUUUUUAAAAAGGUUAAUAAUUUUAUACAGUCAUACUUUAAAGCAAAUUUUUACCAGUUUAUAUAUACUGUUUGUUCAGUUAUGCUGAAUGUUUUUUUUUUAAAUUUAUGUACUACAAGUUAUGUUACUUUUUAAAAGGAAGAUUGAACAAACUCCUGAUUUGUAAAAAACAUAAUUUUCUUGUUUUACCUACAGAUUGUAUGUAAUUAAAUGAAAGGGAAUACUUUAUAAAACACUAAGUCAUAUACAAGUGUUGUCACUUCAGGGAGAAGUUUUUACUGAGUUGUGAUCUUUUAUACUCUUGCUUUGUUUUACGUAAUAGUUUGACAGUACACAAUUUUCUUGGUUCAUGGGUAUUCCUCUCAUUUUCUUGAACCUCUCAAACAUGCACGCUAAUUUUUUAAAGUUGAAAACAUGUGUAAAAAUAAUUUCAUAGUUUUAUUUAAUUUUGUUUGCUGUACAGGAUACCGCUCUGUUUGUAAAUAAUUACAGGUAAACUCUACUUCACUUGCCCACUGGACCAUCAGGUUCAAAAAAGGGAACAUGUACGUUAUAUUUGUGAAGUAUAACAAGUCUCCAUGCAAAUGCAUGUUGUUUAGUGAAUAGGUUAUUUACAUUCUCACAUUAAAAAUUGUAAUCGCCAGGUCUACUUGUGGCAAUAAGCUCUGGCAUGCGGCCACAAACUACUCUAUGAUGACAGCAAGUCUGCCUUAUUUAUUGUCAAUGAGAAUGGGAGCUAGUGUUUUACUUAGGGACUUGUGGCCUCAUGUCAGAGAUUAUAAUUUAAAUUAGUUUGUGGCACUUGGUUGAAACAUUUACCACUUAAUGUUAGCGAAAGUUAGUUUUAUUUAGAAAUUAUUAUAUGCAGUAUGGCUCAAGUUAAUUUUAGCUUAAUCUUUAGAAUUUGAGCCAUAUAUAAUGAAAGUUGAGAUGCAUGAAAUACGUAUUCUGUUACACAUUGCUUUGUAAUAAGUCAGUGUAUAUUAGUAGUUCUUAUUUCUGUUGAAAUAUUUGUUUUUAUUAAUGAAUAGUGAUCACACAUAUUAACAAUCAAAAUUACUCCGUGGUUGCCAUUAGUUUAUACUCAGUUAUCUCAACACAUUUCUUGCAAUGCAAUAUGUAUGUUUAAAACAAAUGUACAGCCCAGUAUUGAAUUUUUUUUCUUGAUCACUGUACAAACUCUUGUUUGUUAUUUAUAUAACACAUGGCUGAUUGCUGUAAAUUUGGCACUGAGAAAGGUUUUUUUAUAUCAGGGAAUAGCUUGAUGCAGUCUAGUCUGCAGUCAAUUUAAAUGUAAUAUUUUCUGAUGCAGCUUGUUUAUUUUUGUUAUUUGUUACAUCCUGCAAUUUUUAGUAGAUUGUAAGAAUUAAAAACAAAUUCCUGCUCCAAAGUUGCACCAAACUAUUAAAUAUCUAAUGUAUGGUGCAUAAUGUUUUUAUUGCCUUACUAGAUAAUACAAAGCUCAUAUACAUACUAGUGUAUGUGAAGUUCUAAGAAUUAUAGUCAUAAUACAGGUGAUACUUUAUUUGACUUUUUCAGUGUGUCAGCUUUACAGCAUUGAACUAAUGACAAAUCUUGUUAGUCAAAUUUUGUUUUGCUUACCACUUUUUACCAUAACCUUCUAGGGUAUUUAAUGAUUGUCAUACUUAGUUACCUCCCUGUCAUAAUGUUAUUUCACUUUUGUAUAAUAAAAAUGUAAUAGCAUCAUUUUAUAAUUUUACAUAAUUGGAUGGAAUAAAUGUAAAGCAACUAUUUAUGGCAAGUGCUAACCUGUGGAUCAGAUACUUUUUUGUUUUUAUUGUUAACUUGUGUUAUUGAAUAACUACUGCUUUAAUUUUGUAUGCUGACUCAACAAUUUCUGGUUUCAUUGACACAGAAGUAUUAGCUGCCAUACAUGAUACAGCUUUUAUGUUAUAUUUUAGCUGAUGUUGAGAUUUUUUUUAAUUUCUCAUUUUGAUCAAAAUGUAUUUUGAAAAUUUUAAGUGAAUUUUUUUUCUAUUUAUUUUCUGUUUUAAUAUUUUAAACACAUUUUUUAAGGACACACUUGUACAUUGCUGCUAUAAGAUAAAUUGACGAGCAACUUUGGGUGUGUUGUUAAUUAGUUGACACACAUUUCUGUUGCUUAAAGUUUAACAAACUUCCUCUAGAGUUGUUCUAGCUGACCACAACAUUAGUUAAGGAAUGUCUGGGAUGACCUAUCUAUCUGAUGUUUUUCUUUUUCUUAUAUUCUAGAACCCCUGACCCUGGAGAUUCUUAAGCCCUUUGUUCUUGUGCCCAUUACACAAGGCUUAACCACACAACUCAUUAUGCAAUAAAGUGCUUGAUCAAC